GCUGCUGCUGCUGCUGCUGCUGCUCCGCGCCCCCGCGCCCGGCUCUGCGCAGGCAGUGUGCGCGGGGACGCUGAACGGGCUGAGCGUGACGGGGGACGCGCAGCACCAGUACCAGACCCUGCACAAGAUGUACAACAACUGCGAGAUCGUGAUGGGCAACCUGGAGAUCGUCCUCAUCGACCACACGCAGGACCUGUCCUUCCUGCAGACCAUCCGGGAGGUGACGGGCUACAUCCUGAUCGCCAUGAACGUGUUCACGGUGCUGCCGCUGCGGAACCUGCGCGUGAUCCGCGGGACCCAGUUCUACGAGGAGCAGUUUGCGCUCUUCGUGCUGCUCAACUACAACCCCAACAGCACCCACGCGCUGCGGCAGCUCGGCCUCAACCAGCUCACAGAGAUCCUGGCCGGAGGGGUGUACAUCGAGAAGAACGCGCAGCUCUGCCACGUGGACACGGUGGAGUGGAGGGACAUCAUAAGGGACCCGCGCCGGGAGCCCGUCGUGGGGGACAACGGCAAGGCCUGCGCCCCGUGCCACGAGAGCUGCGGCGGCCACUGCUGGGGACCCGGCCCCGGGGACUGCCAGAAACUGACCAAGACCAUCUGCGCCCCCCAGUGCAACGGGCGCUGCUUCGGGCGGGCGCCCAACGAGUGCUGCCACGAGGAGUGCGCGGGGGGGUGCACCGGCCCCCUGCAGACACACUGCUUCGCGUGCCGGCACUUCAACGACAGCGGCGCCUGCGUCCCGCUCUGCCCGCAGCCCCUCAUCUACAACAAGCUGACCUUCCAGCUGGAGCCCAACCCCGACACCAAGUACCAGUACGGGGGCAUCUGCGUCCGGAGCUGCCCUCAUAACUUCGUGGUGGACCAAAGCUCCUGCGUCCGCGCUUGCCCCAAUGACAAGAUGGAAGUGGAGAAGAACGGGGUGAAGAUGUGCGAGCCCUGCUCGGGGCUCUGUACCAAGGCCUGCGAGGGCACCGGCGCCGGCAGCAAGUACCAGACCGUGGACUCGAGCAACAUCGAUACCUUUGUGAACUGCACCAAGAUCCUGGGCAACCUGGACUUCCUCAUCACCGGCCUGGAGGGGGAUCCCUGGCGCAACAUCUCGGCGCUGGACCCUGAGAAGCUGAAUGUGUUCCGCACGGUGCGGGAGAUCACGGGGUACCUGAACAUCCAGUCCUGGCCCAAGCACAUGCACAACUUCAGCGUCUUCUCCAACCUCGUCACCAUCGGGGGACGGAGCCUUUACAACCGGGGCUUCUCGCUGCUGAUCAUGAAGAACGAGAACGUGACGUCCCUGGGGCUGCGGUCGCUGCGGGAGGUGAGCGCGGGCAGGGUGUACAUCACCGAGAACCGGCGGCUCUGCUACCUGCACACGGUGCAAUGGGCGGCGCUGAGCCGGCGCCGCGCCGACCUCGACAUCCGCAACAACAAACCCCGCAGCAAGUGCCAGCAAGAGGGGAAGGUGUGUGACCCGCUGUGCUCCGCCGAGGGCUGCUGGGGCCCCGGUCCCGCGCAGUGCCUGUCCUGCCGCCACUACCGCCGCCGCGGCGUCUGCGUCCCGACGUGCCGCUUCACCGAGGGGGAGACGCGGGAGUUCGCGCAGGGGGGCGAGUGCUUCGAGUGUCACCCCGAGUGCGAGCGCAUCGAGGGCAAUGUCACCUGCAACGGCUCGGGCGCCGACACCUGCACCCGCUGCGCCCACUAUCGCGACGGGCCGCACUGCGUCGAGAGCUGCCCCGACGGCGUCCUGGGCGAGCGCGGCCCCAUCUACAAGUAUCCCGACAGCAGCCGCGAGUGUCGGCCCUGCCAUGAGAACUGCACCCGCGGGUGCCUGGGGCCGCUGCUGCGGGACUGCCUGGGGGAGGCUCUGCCCGUGUCCAGGAAGGCACCGACGGUGAUCGCGGUGAUGGUGGUCGGGGGGCUCUUCCUCUCCUGCUCCUGCGUCCUCCUCGCGCUGCUCUACCUGCGCGGCAAGAAGAUCCAGAAGAAGCGGGCGAUGAGGCGCUACCUGGAGAGAGGCGAGAGCCUGGAGCCGCUGGACCCCAGUGAAAAAGCCAACAAGGUGCUGGCCCGGAUCUUCAAGGAGUCCGAGCUGAAGCGGCUCAAGGUGCUGGGCUCCGGCGUGUUCGGCACCGUGCACAAGGGCAUCUGGAUCCCUGAUGGCGACUCCAUCAAGAUCCCGGUGAGCAUCAAGGUGAUCCAGGACUGGAGCGGGCAGCAAUCCUUCCACGCCGUCACCGACCACAUGCUGGCCAUCGGCAGCCUGGACCAUGCCUACAUCGUGCGGCUGUUGGGCAUCUGCCCGGGGCCGCGGCUGCAGCUCGUGACGCAGCUCCUGCCCCUCGGCUCCCUCCUCGAGUACGUGCGCAAGAACCGGGACAGCAUCAGCCCCCAGCUCCUGCUCAACUGGUGCGUGCAGGUGGCCAAGGGGAUGUACUACCUGGAGGAGCACCGCAUGGUCCACCGCAACCUGGCCGCCCGCAACGUGCUGCUCAAGUCCCCCAGCCAGGCCCAAGUGGCUGAUUUCGGCAUCGCCGACCUGCUCUACCCCGACGACAAGAAGUAUUUCUACAACGAGGUCAAGACACCCAUCAAGUGGAUGGCUCUGGAGAGCAUCCACUUUGGGAAGUACACGCACCAGAGCGACGUCUGGAGCUAUGGUGUGACGCUGUGGGAGAUGAUGACCUUUGGUGCUGAGCCCUAUGCGGGGAUCCGCCUGGCCGAGGUGCCCGACCUGCUGGAGAAGGGCGAGCGGCUCUCCCAGCCCCACAUCUGCACCAUUGAUGUCUACAUGGUCAUGGUGAAGUGUUGGAUGAUCGAUGAGAACAUCCGUCCCACCUUCAAGGAGCUGGCGAACGAGUUCACCCGCAUGGCCCGCGACCCCCCGCGCUACCUGGUCAUCAAGGAGAGCGGGGCCGCGCCGCCCGCGGAGCCCCCGACCCUCAGCGAUAAGGAGCUGGAUGAGAUGGAGACGCUGGAGCUGGACGAGGAGGAGGAGGAGCUCGACGUCUCCUUCGGCCUCAGCCCCGGGCUCUACCCGCAGCGGCCGCGAGGCAGCAGCGCCCGGAGCCCCAGCCUGCUCAGCCCCCCCGCCGGAUACAUCCCCAUGAACCAGCCUGGCCUUGGUAGCGGCCGCCAGGCCGGGGGAUGCCGGCCCCUGCGCCGCAGCCGCCGGGGGUCGCUGGGCCGGACGGUGUCGGAGUCGUCGGAGGGUCGCGGCACGGCCUCGGAGCCGGACCCGGCCGAGGGGGGGUCGCUGUCGGGGGGGAGCCUGUGCCGCAGCCUCCGCUCGCGGGGGGACAGCGCGUACCUGUCCCAGCGAGAGAGCCUCCCCCCGCCGGGCCCCGACGGCACCGAGGAGGACGCCAACGGCUACGUGAGCCCCAACGGCACCGGCCGCGAUCCGGACGCGGCCGCGGGCUCGGUACCGGCGCCGGACGAGGAGUACGAGUACAUGAACCGGCGGCCGCGGCCGGUGUCGCUGGAGGAGCUGGGUUACGAGUACAUGGAGGUGGGCGCGGAGCCGGGGCCCCCCCCGGCCCGGGGGCAGCAGGACGAGGAGGCCGACGAGGAGGAGGAGGAUUACGAGUACAUGAACAAGCAGCCGCGGCUGAGCCGCUCCUUGUGCAGCGCCGCCGGUGGGGCGGCCCCGCUGCGCUACGACGGGUACACCGACAUGCGGCCGGGAGGGGAGGCGGCCCCGGCGCCGGUGCCGGUCCCCGCGGCGGCGGCGGAGGAGCAGGAGGAGGAGCAGGGCUAUGAGGAGAUGGAGGCGGUGCUGGCGCCGCGCUGCCCCGGCUGCCGCUGCCCCCCGCCCGCCAUGAAGCCGCUGCGGAGCCUGGAGGCGUCGGACUGUGCCUUCGACAACCCCGACUAUUGGCACAGCCGCCUCUUCGCUAAAGCGGACCCGCAGCGGACGUAGGGACCCCCCCCCCGGACCCCCCCAUUGGGUCUGGUUACAUUGGAUAUGAAGGAUCCGCCCCCCCCCCUCGGGGGUAUGAGCCAAAGUGGGGCACAGCGCGGCUUGGGGUGCUCCCGUUCCCAUUCCCGGCCAUGAUUCCCAAUGGCUUCCCCGGGUACCGGCUUCAACAUGAGCAUCCUGGGGCUGCGCUGACCCACUGCAAGGGCGGGGGGUUGUUGGGUCCAGACCCCCGGGUCGUGUCCCCCCCCCCCCCACCAGCCGAAGGUGCAGGGACACCGGGUCCGGGUGGGAUUCGGGAUGAGGACCCCGGACUCAUCCUCAGGUUCCCCCAUUCCCUAUUGGAACCAGAGUGAAGGUUUGGGGGUGCCCCCCCCCCUCCACCAGCCCUAUGGGGCAGCUCGGGGGUGUUCCGUCGGACAUAGGUGCCCGCCCCCAGCCCCUUAGGGCACAUCGAGGGGUGUCCCGCGGCCCCGGCCCGCUCCCGGGAAUCCCUUUUUCGCGUUGUUUUAACCCGGUUUAACGGGGGAUGCCCCGGGGCGGGGGGUGGUGGGGUGGGAAGGGGUAACCGGGACCCACCCCCCACCCCCCCCCCGGUGGAUUGUGUUUGUAAAUGCUGAAUAAAGAUAAAAGGAAUUGAC